AUGGCUACCACCAACAGCGCUACUGUGAGUUUGAAGCUCCUGAUUGACACAAAAAGCAACAAAGUUCUGUUUGCUGAAGCAAGCAAGGAAGUUGUGGAUUUUCUCUUCACUCUUCUGUCCUUGCAUGUUGCAACUGUGACUAGGCUCCUCCUCUCUAAUGGUGUGCCAACAAUGACUCGAAUGCGCCUAAACUGUUCUACCUCUGCAAAUUGCAAGCGCCAUAUUUCUGAUAGUCCUGUAACAACUUGUCCAACGUGCAUUUCACUCAAAAUAUCCACCCAGGUGUUUUAUGUUGCUCCUCCACCAGAACCUACUGGAGUGACGUCUGGCAAUAUUAAGAGCGGAUACGUCAAGAGCGACAUUAUGUACAUGAUAAUGAUGAUUUGGAAGUGA